AUGGCCACAACAAAAGUCUUCCUGACCGGCGCCUCAGGCUACCUAGGCGGCGAGACCCUCUACCAGCUCUCGCGACUGGCACGACCCAUACAGCUGCGCUGCCUCGUACGGGACGCACAGAAAGCGGCGGCCAUCAGCGAGGCAUACCCCACCGUCGGCAUCGUGCCGGGCGAUCUCGAUGACUCCGGCUUGAUCGAGCGGGAAGCACGCGACGCGGACGUCGUGCUCCACCUCGCGAGUACGAAGCACGAGGGCAGCUCGCAGGCCAUCGUGGCGGGGCUCAGUAGCAGUCGACGCCGGCAGACGCCGACGCCGGGAGGGCGGCACUGGAUCCAGAUCUCUGGCGCGUCCAUGUUCAGCAACGCUGAGGUCCAGGCUGGUAGGUAUGGCGAGCCGAGCGACAGGGUGUACGACGACGUCAGAGACGUCGCGGAGAUCAUUCACGAGGUUAUCAGGUCGAAUCCGGCGCGGGUGGUGGAUAUCCUGGCCCUCGAUCAAGAUGCGGCCACGGUUCGGACGGCGCUCUUGCCGGGGCCCCUGAUUUACGGAGAAGGUCGUGGACCGCUGAACAAGCGCAGUAUACAGGGCCCCGAAGUGGUGGAAUACACGCUGCGCAACGGACGGUCUUUCGCCGUGGGCAAGGGACAGGCCGCGUGGAGCAACGUUCACGUCAGUGAUGUUGGCGCCAUGAUUGUUCUGCUGCUUGAAGCAGCCAUCGAUGGCCGCGAUGGGCUGUGGAAUCAGGACGGCAUCUUCUUCCCGGAAGCUGGGCUUAUGUCUUUUGGAGACAUCGCGAAACGCAUCUCACAGGCCGCGGUUGAAGCUGGACUCAUCGCUUCCGACGAGGUCAAGAGUUUGACGCCAGAAGAGGCCGACCAGUUCAGGCCGCACAGUGCUGUGCUAUUCGGAACUAAUGCGCGACUCAAGUCAUCUCGAGCGAGGCGCGAUCUGGGCUGGAGCCCUUCGGGGCCGGCACUCGAGGACACCAUUGUCGCUGCUGUGCAAGAGGAGAGUAAGAGAGUCAACAGCGGUUAA